AUGGACUGGAGUGACUUCCCUCACCUCUCCCAACAUCAUAGGGAGUUGGCAGAGCAUAUGGCGCAGGGACUUGGUGAACAAGCCCUGGUCAACCUCUUACAUUGUCCUCCUGAGCAACAUGUUGCUCGGUUGGAGCAAUUUGAGGCGUUUGUGUUCGGACAGCGUAGAAACGCGUCCGAGGCACGUAAUGAGGCGCUCAACAGGACUGUUGAGACGCUCUCUGCCCGGCCUGCUCAACCGAGGCCCAUUCGGAUGGACCCUCCGAAGUUCGAUGGAACUAGCCCUCACACGAUUGUUCACUGGCUAUUAACAGUGGAGCAAUGUGGAGUGGCGCAGCUCAUCGAAGACGACACCAGAAUGGUGUCGUAUGCCAUGUCCAACUUACGUGGCAAAGCUUCAGAGUGGGCAUACUCUGCGCUGAUGGCUAAUGCUGAUGCAUUUCCAUCAUGGGCGAUCUUUAAGGCAAAGAUUAGCGCCAUGUAUCAGCCGCCUAACAACGAAGUGUUGCUUAUGGCACGCUUCUUUGGAGCACGACAGGCGAAACGCUCUCUGCAAGAGUUUGUGCAGGAGAUGCGUUCGCUGUCGGCGUUCAUCAAUGGGGAACCGAUACCAGAGCGUAUCAAGGUGGCCACGUUCAUGAAUGGACUUAGGCACUGGCCCAUCGCGUCAGGCCCUUUUCAGAAAGGCAAUGCAGAUGUGAUCUGCUACAAGUGCGGCAAGCGAGGCCAUAUGAUGGCUCGCUGCUAUGUCAAACUUGCUGCUGGUGCUAAGGCAGCCAGCAAGAAGUCUUUCAACCCGAAGGGUGGUUCGAAGAACGCGUGCACGACGCACGGGUUCAGCACCUGCCCAAGAUGGGUCGGGAAAUGCGGGAGCGCAGUAGGGGCGGGAUGCCCUACUGUCGCGGACUCUGAAGCUACCCCUAAGUUCAGAGUGAUCGAACAAAUGGGUAGCAUAGUCCCUGAGGUUCCGAAAGGUCGGACCUCAACCCUUUUGGUCUAUAGCGCUCGAGUACGAGGCUAUGACCAAGUGAUGACCCUUCUCGUGGAUUCGGGUGCAUCACAAAACUUUGUGAAACUCGCGGCUCUGAAAAAGAGACCGGCGAGUUAUGAGUCGCUUUGCCAGGAUGGCAAGCGAGAAGAGGCGAUCGUUCGUUUAGCGAACGGCGCGCUCGUCAAAUCGGAGGGAGUUCAAGUUGAACUCGCCUUCAGUUUCAGUGACUUCUCUUGUAAAGAGAAGUUCACAGUGCUAGGUAUGGAGAGUCCGUAUGACCUCAUCCUAGGCAUGCCUUGGUUGGAUAAACACCAACCAUGGAUAGACUGGCGUACACGCACAGUCGCUAGCUCUACGCAAGACACCGGAAAGGAUGUGCUCUUGCGAGAGGCUUAUGUGGCUGAUGCUGUGUCCAACACAGUCGAGGGUGCGAUGACGGUAUGUCAAUCGACACCAGGAACUACCCAGCUCGAAAGGAGUGGUGUAGUUGUGAGUGCACUGGCGGAAAGCCAGGUGACACAUAUUCCUACCCAGGUCGAAAAGACUGGUGUAGUGAAUGGGGCGAUGACAGGUAGUCAUGCGUCCAAUGGUCCUACACAGAGCCGAGAGCCUGUGGCAGUUGAUGGUGGGCUGACAGGAAGUCAAGCGCCACAAGAACCGGCACAGAGCCAAGAGCCUGGUGCGGUUGGAAGGAGUGCGUUAGCUGAGAUAGCAACGACACCUUCUUCCAGGUCAAAGGUCGUGGUGACUCGAAGAACGAGCACCAGACGUAUUAAGACGAUCAAGGGCACGUCGAAACGAGUGACCCUUGGAUCAGUCUCGGUCCAAGAGGACGGACCUACGAACGAGUUGUUCGAGGCCGUCGAAGACAAAAUGCCGGAGGCAUCCUCAGUUGAGGUGCUCCAACUUGUCUUGGCAUCUGCCGAGGAGAUAGUAAAUCUCUCGGAUAUGACGUGGGAUCUGUUCCUGUCCGAACUAAAGGAAGGAAAGAUCCACGAGAUAGUCGCACCAGUUCCAGAAGAGAACGUGGUGGACUGUUGCUCUUCAUCCACAAUGGAUGAGAGCGUCUUGGAGACCGAAAAAAAGAAACGGUUCGCUGCUCAAGGCUGGGAUGCCUUGAAGGACAGCCCGUUCUAUGAUGUUCUGUGGAAACACCGUGAUUUGUUUCCAGCAGAAGUGCCGAGCCGCCUACCGGCCGAUAGGGGCAUCAGGCACGAAAUUGACCUGGAGCCUGGCACCAAGUAUUGUGUGACCAGGCAAUGGCCGUUGCCGAAGGAACAAGUCGAUUACAUCGAUGAGUUCUUCGACAAGCGAGCUAAGGCGGGACAUGUACGUGAGAGCAAGUCGCCUCACUGCAGCCCGACCUUCUGUGUGCGUAAAGCAACAGGUGGAUGGCGCGUGGUUCACGCUUAUAAUAAGCUGAACACGGCCACCAUUCCAGCUCAAACGCCGAUCCCGCGGAAAGAUGUUUUGUUGAAUUCCAUGGGAAAGUCAACUAUCUUUUCCGCGUUGGAUCUGAAGGAUGGCUACUAUCAGGUUCUCAUGAGAGAUAACGAUGUAGCCAAAAACGGCAGUAAGCACCCCAAGCGGUAUGCUGUGGGAGUGGCUUGUGAUGCCACAAGGGUUGAAAAAUGCUCCGGCAACAUUCAACCGAGUAGUGGCUCACGGGUCCCCGAGAUACCUGUACUGGGCUGCAUCGUAGGUGCACAUGGUGUACGAGCAGACCCAAAAAAGGUAAAGGCUGUAAAGGAAUGGCCAGUCCCACGACAUGUGAAGGAUCUGCGCCAAUUCCUUGGGCUCGCUAUUUACUUGCAUAAGUACAGCAAGAAUUAUGCGGAGCAGACCAAGCCAUUGUCUGACCUUUUAAAAAAGGAUACAGAAUGGACUUGGUCAAAGGAACAAGAAGAUGCGUUCACUUCAGUGAAGCAAUCUCUUAAAGAGGCACCGGUCUUGGCAUUGCCAGACGCGGAUAAGCCCUUUAGCGUCGUCUGCGAUGCAAGCAAUUUUGCAAUCGGCAGCGCGCUCAUGCAGAAGGAUGACGACGGCGUUGACCGUGUCAUUUCUUAUCAGUCUCGGCUUUUAAAAGCUGCCGAGCUGAAUUACCCUGUGCAUGACAAGGAGCUACUUUCAAUUAAGUAUGCCCUUGUGAAGUUUCGAGUGCACCUCUUGGGCACCUGA